AUGAGGCGGGUUUUCCUCGUUUGUCUUAAGUAUUUUUUGCUAGCGGACGGAGGAUGUAAGCAGUUGCAACUUUACCAUUGUGACAGACGGACUGAGACACUCAGAAUGGAUAUAUCAUUGUCAAUGUUCAUCCUGCUGAUCUCAGCAACAUUGGUGCUAGGUCAACGACCUUUCUUCGCGGGGACCAAACCGAUCGGUUACCCUGAAACUCCGAACAUCACCGAUUCGCUUGGCGACAGAUUCGGUGAAGUCGAUGGCACGACUCCUAGACUGCCCGUCGAAGCGCACGGCGACUUAGCCUUUAUAGACAGGCUCAGCAAACUACCGGUGGACAAGCAGCCCUUCUGGUUCAUCAACUGGCAAGCAUACGAAGCCCAUAGACAAAAUCCUCAAACCUACCCUCAGAGACCCAGUUCAUUUAACGAUCCCAUUCCAACCACAAAUAAUGCUAAUUCUGGAGCUGUGAAUUCCAAUUCCGUGCCUAUAUCCAAUUCUGAUACUAAUGCCAAUAGAUUUGGAGAACCUGAUUCGAACGUGAAGCCCGUUGUAGCAUCUACUAAUAACGAUAAAAAUGUGGAAAGUAAACCUGAUUCUGAACCGAAACCAGUAGCUACAGUUAAUAACGAUAAAAAGAAGAGAGUUCUAAAGAGAAACCUGCUGUACCCAAUUCCGAUUCAACAAAUUCUAAUAAUGAUUCAUCCACUUCCAAAUCUGAUUCAACUACUUCCAAAUCUGAUUCAUCUACUUCCAAAUCUGAUUCAACUACUUCCAAAUCUGAUUCAACUACUUCCAAAUCUGAUUCAUCCAAUUCCAAAUCAGAGCCAGAAAAGAAAGUAGAGGAAGUAGCGCCACUUCUACCCAGCCCAAUAGAGCCAGAACCAGCACCUAUUGAUGGAUUGAAGUUGAAAGAAGAUACGAGCGCUGAGAAAAAGUUUCGCUAUUUUAGAAGGCCUUGAAGUCAAUAAAUUUUAAAAAUAUCUAGAUUUCAAUAUCUCAUUUCGCAGAUUUAACUAUGUAUAUUUUUUAAAUAUGCGAAAUAGAGAAAAAUACAACAGUGUAUUGGAAUCUUGGUGCAAAUUUUAAGAAUCACAAACUAACUGGAUAGCCUAUAUUGUUUUUUAUUUGUGUCGCAUUAGGUCUAAACAUAGGCUGUGAUGAAAUGCCGCGUUUUGAGACUUAUUAUUAUAAAACUAUUAGGUUAAGUAAAACACAUUGUGAAAUUAAUAAAACACAUUAUAUUGACUUUUUAAAUAAAUAAAACUUAAUUACUAA